AAGAGGCGGGGAUUCCAGCAGGGACGUAAACUAGACCGGGAGAGCGGAUCAUUAAGGUCCGGAGAGGAACACCGCGAUUGUUUUGGGAUAUUAUUUUGGAGGACAUCUGCUGAUCUUGGAUCGGCUCUGACGUCACCCCGUCCUCGCUUUGCCGCUUAUCUGAGCCUCGGCAGUAUCAUGUAAUCGGAAGGGACGUUUGGGAGCUGCUGUCAUUUGUGUAGGUUUUGUCUGGUAGGGUCAGGUCGGCAAAGUGCAGAGGCGUCCAAGCAGAAAGCAGAAAUCUGAGGUGCACCAGCGGUUCGGAGGGACGGAUCGCCCCGGAGCCAGAGCGCUGCCUGCCGGGAGGAUGAUCCGAGGAGACCCCGGCAACGCGGUCGAGAUCCGCUGUGGAUUGCACAGAUAACCGGAGCGGAGCCAAAUGGGAGGUCUGAUGGGAAACUAGACACGUCGGCGCGUGUUUUUGGUGUGUGUGUGUGUGCUUGCUUGCGUGUCUAGAAAUCUAGAAGCUGACUGGCGACGCCGUGACACCAUGUGGAGCCCGGGAAGAGCCGCUCUGUGCUGGAUGCUGCUGGAGACGUUCCUGCGCUCUGCUGGAGGUCUCAACAUCUGUAUGAGCGGCAGCGCCACGUCCUGCGAAGAAUGCCUCCUGAUCCACCCCAGCUGCGCCUGGUGCGCACAAGAGGACUUCGGGAAGCGCCGCUCACUGACGUCGCGAUGCGACCUCAAGCAAAACUUGCAGAAGCGGGGCUGCGAGCCGCGCUUCACAGAGUACCCCAGGAGUACAAUCUCCAUCCUGCAGAACUCACCGCUGAGCACUAAAGGAUCGGGGCCAGCCCAGUACGACGUGGUGCAGAUCAUGCCCCAGAGGAUCUCCCUCAGCCUGCGGCCAGGAGACCAGACGGCGUUCAGCCUGCAGGUGCGGCAGGUGGAGGAUUACCCGGUGGACCUCUACUACCUGAUGGAUCUCUCGCUGUCCAUGAAAGACGACCUGGACACCAUCCGUAACCUGGGCACCAAGCUGGCGGAGGAAAUGGGGAAGCUGACCAGCAACUUUCGUCUGGGCUUUGGCUCCUUCGUGGAUAAAAACAUGUCGCCCUUCUCCUACACGGCCCCCAAGUACCAGGAGAACCCCUGCAACGGAUACAAGCUCUUCCCAAAUUGCGUGCCCACCUUUGGUUUUCGCCACAUCCUCUCUCUGACGGACAAAGUGGACCGUUUCAACGAGGAGGUGCAGAAGCAGAUGGUGUCCCGGAACCGAGACGCUCCAGAGGGCGGCUUCGACGCCAUCCUGCAGGCCGCCGUGUGCAAGGAGGAGAUCGGCUGGAGGAAGGAGGCCUCCCACCUGCUGGUGUUUGCCACGGACGACGUGCCGCACCUGGCUCUGGACGGCCGGCUGGGGGGCCUGGUCCAGCCUCACGACGGCCGCUGUCACCUCAACGAACACAAUGAGUACAGCGCCUCCACCAAGAUGGACUAUCCAUCCCUCGCUCUGCUGGGAGAGAAACUGGCUGAGAGUAACAUCUUCCUCAUCUUCGCUGUGACCAAACGGCUCUACGUUAUUUACAAGAAUUUCACAGCUCUCAUACCUGGAACCACAGUUGAGAUCCUGGACCAGGACUCAAAGAACGUCAUCCAGCUGAUCAUCACCGCCUACAACAACAUACGGUCCAAAGUGGAGCUGUCUGUGUCGGAUCACCCCGAAGACAUCAGCCUGUCCUUCACUGCCACCUGCCAGGAUGGGAAGCCGCUGCCAGGCUUCAGGAAGUGUGCAGACUUGAAGAUUGGAGAAACGGUGUCCUUUGAUGUGAGUGUGGAAGCUCGGAGCUGCCCGCCCCGCGGCACUGACCAGACCUUCACCAUAAAGCCGGUGGGGUUUAAGGACCGCCUGGAGGUGGCUGUGGACUAUCAGUGUGACUGCAGCUGCAGCCGGACGGCGCAGGUCAACAGCAGCCUCUGCAACUCCAUUGGCAUGUAUAACUGCGGUACCUGCCGGUGUGAGCCGGGCUACCUGGGUGCCCACUGCGAGUGCCAGGAGGGCGAGGCCAGCAGCAUGUACCUCAGCGCCUGCCGGGAAGCCGAAGGCAAGCAGGUCUGCAGUGGCCGUGGCGAGUGCAGCUGCAACCAGUGCCUCUGCUAUGAGUCCGAGUUCGGGAAGAUCUACGGAAGCUUCUGCGAGUGCGACGACUUCUCCUGCGCCAGACACAAAGGCGUCCUCUGCUCAGGUCAUGGAGAAUGCCACUGUGGGGAGUGCAAAUGCCACGCUGGCUUCGUGGGCGACAACUGUAACUGCUCCACAGAGACGUCGCUCUGCUUCUCGGAUGACGGGAAGAUGUGCAGUGGGCGAGGGAGCUGCGUGUGCGGCCGCUGUCAGUGCACCGAGCCUGGGGCGUUUGGAGAGACCUGCGAGAAAUGCCCCACCUGCCCCGAUGCCUGCGGCACCAAAAGGGAGUGUAUUGAGUGUCGGCUUUUCAACUCUGGUAGACUCGCAGACAAUGAGACCUGCCAGCGCUUGUGCAAGGAUAAAAUUAUGACUGUGGAGAGCCUUGAAAAUGAGGACCCUGCAGCGGUGUUGUGUGUGUAUAAGACGGACAACGACUGUGUGAUGAAGUUCACGUACCUGGAGCACGCCAGCGGACGCUCCAUCCUCACCGCACUCCAGGAGCCGGAGUGUGGAGGUGGUCCGUCUGCCUUAAAGGUCCUACUGGCUGUGGUGGGCACUAUCUUACUGGUGGGAGUGGUUCUGCUGGCCACCUGGAAACUGGUCAUCACCAUACACGACCGGAGAGAGUUUGCGCGCUUCCAGAGCGCUCGGGUCCGCGCCCGGUACCUCAUGGCAUCCAACCCUCUGUACAAGGACCCCAUCACCACUCACUUUGCAGAAGUGGAAACAUUUGAGAAGUCUUUUAACGGCGGGGUCCACUGAUCCCUCUGCACGGGGCACGGCAGGACCGGUCCAACAUACAGACCCCUGAAUGACAGAGGACAACAGCCUGAACAUACCCCUCCCUGCUUUAUUCCCUCCCUCUGCUCUCCGCCUGUCCACGCUGCUGACAAACAAUUCAAACGAACCCAGAAGACUUUGAGUCUCAUAUUUUUGUUCCUGAAGAGAUUCAAACAGACGAUUAAACUCAGAGCGUGGAACAGACUCAAACUGUGGAUGUGCAGCUUACACAAGAUAAACUCCCAACUCCAACCACAUAGGGCAGCAUGUACUGUACAGGAUAUUGGCUUAUAUUUCCAUAUUUUCAGAAAUACUAAAGACACAGUUGAGAAAUGAGCUCUUCACUCAGCAGGACUCUGAUUUGCAGCAUAUUACUAGCUUAUAUUUCUAAAGAAGGUUGUAAUGAUCAUUUGAUAUUUACUAAUAUUUACUAAGCAACAGAUGUCUUACCUUUAUUUUGCACAUAUGGUCUUAAAAUGUCUAAUUCUGUAAAGAUAUGUUUGGGUUGAUCACA